GGGCCGUUCGUCCCGCACGUGCCGCUCCCGGCCCGGCCCGCGCCAGUACUCCGCGCGCGCUGUCCGCGAGCGGCCGCCACUGUGGCUCCGUGUCGCUCGCCUCUCUGCACGCCGCGAACUACGCACGGGACGCGCUCGCCCGACGGCACCAAAACGAUACUUUUUUCGAUCCCCAAUUUUUUUCCUUGCAACUUCUGGACUGACACCUGUUGCAUGGACUUAGAAUUGUUAACAAAUAAUAAUAUCAAUAGACAAUUUUGAACUUUGAAAAUUUAUUUCACCCCAUUCAGGGAUAAAUAAAAAAUAACAAAGCAAUGCAUAUAAUAGCAGGAUAACAUCGUCUUAUCUUCCUGAAGAGCAAUCAACGAAAGUCGACACCGUUGUAAUCAGCGAUAGUAAAAGGGCGAGCGACAUCCUUCCGCGGUCCGAUCGCCGCCCGUCGGGAAAACUUUUCCUCUAUACAAAGUCCUUAUAGGUCGAUGCGAACUUCGCAGUCAAAAGUUCGCGUUCGCAAAGUUAUACGCACGAGUCUCGGGAACUUUUCAGUUGUACAACUCUCCAUGAAAACAAUUCCCCAACUGUUUCUGGAAACGUUUUAACUUGCGUUCUGUCCUAAUGGAAAACGGUACCGCGUAAAAAGACGAUAAUUUGUAACAACGUGUGUAGCGAUCUAAGAUAAAAUAAACUGUGAUUGAAACAAUGAACAACAUGAACUUUAUAGUGUAGUGUUAAUUAGAAGCGAUCCAAUAUGGCAGCAGCAAUGAUAAGUGAUCGAGGACUUCGUAAAAAGUUGACGCAGGAGGCGAUUCCGGAGAAAACUCCGCGAAAACCUUCAAAGCGUAAAUCGACCGCGAGCAGUUCGAAGGCCGAUAAGAAAAACGAGCAAAACAAUAACAAGAGAGCGAAAGUGCACACUGGGGAUCCGAAAUUAGACCUGUUCUCCACAUAUCAGCCGUGGGUUAUACAGACGUACGGGGAUUUAGCUAAAACUAAGACGAUUACUUUGAAGAAGUACGGUCGGAUUCUGCGUACGUUGCGGGGGGAGGAAUGCAACAGUUCCGAUAGUUCUAAGUUCCGUUUCUGGGUAAAGGCGAAGGGUUUCCACGUGGGCAAGCCGCCGGGGUAUGACGCGAAGCCUGCCGACGGCAUCGUGUGCAGAUAUAGCGUGCUAGAUGCGGAGAGAUGCGCCGGCGGCGUUGAGGGACAGGAUGUGUUUAGCGGCUCCCAGAAUGACCCACCGCUGUAUAUACCGACCCCACCAGUUAAGAAUGCUCCAAAUCAAGAACCAGUCUACAGAAAGGUGGCUGUGGUAGAAAAUUUCUUCGACAUCAUCUACACGGUUCACGUAGAAUUAGAAGGAAGACCUGGAAAGCAUGCGGGCCAAAAAAGAACUUAUAGAACAAUUACGGAGACGUACGCGUUCCUGCCGCGGGAGGCCGUCACGCGCUUCCUCACCGGAUGCGCGGAGUGCGCGCGGCGCCCGCGCAGCGCCUCCCCGCCGCCCCUGCCGACACCCUCCCCCUCCCCCACCCGACACCCCACCUACCUCCCCUUCCUGCCCCACUGCGCGCCUGAUUACACGCGCAACUGGGAGUCUGAGAUAGACGCCGCACAUUCUAAUUACUACGAACCGAAAUUCGAAUACACGGAACUUCAGCCGCUCAAGAAAGUUGAAAGCCCCAAACCGACUGACGUUGAGGAUCCGGAACCCACGUAUAUUGAGUUGACAUCGAAGAAGGUUAACGGAUUUGAGGCUGCACCACUUUUAAGUAGAACUUCUCCAGUUGAACCGGCUUUUCAAGAAGAGGAACCAGUCAGAACAGACCCUGAAAUAGACAAAGACGAUAACAGUCUAAUAGACGUAGAAGAUGUUGUAACUGUCAGUCCAGCACCACUACUAAGACCGCAGAAAGAUGAAGAUACGAGGCAGUCAGAAGGCGAAAGUACUAAAACUGUGGAUAGCAAAGUAUCUAAUGAUAAGACUGAACCCAAAAAAGAGAAAAAGUAUAAUCCACUCGAUGUAGCUAAUUUAACGUCUAAAGACCCUCCGAAGUCGAGGUCUCCGCCUAGAAAGAAGUUGUUGCCUUCGAGUAUUGAAUAUUCGUCCAACUCGUUUGGGAGGUUUCCGAAGCCUUGGAGACCUGAUGGUGGGGCGUACUAUGGCGGCGAGGAGAUGGACUACAACGUGCCCAUCACGACUGCAUAUCUGAAGCAUAUGAGGAGUAUGGCGUACCAGGACCGCAGGGAUUCAGAGAACAAGGAUAACUUAACACCCGAGCCAGCAGACAUGAAUGAUGACGACAAUUUUUCUAGUCAGGCCCUCGCCAAAGAUGCUGAGAAGUUGAAAAUGAUGUUGCUAGCAUGGAAUUACCACAGCCAGGCUCAAGGCCGCAACGGCGACAUAACGGAGACGGGAGGAGAUAGCAUGGCGGACCUAUGGGCAUCAUACCAUAGCGCUUUGGGGCUCGGCAGCAAGCCACCCAAACCGCCCACGCCAUUGGCCACUGGCCACUCGAGUCCCAUCCACGUGGGCUCGGUGACUCCCGGCGCUGAACCGGCCUCCACACACGACGAGACUUCAUCAUCAGACCGGACUAAAGAUGAUGAUGAUGGCGGCGCUUCAGAUGAUGACUCUGAUGAUAGAGUUGAUCCGCAACAUCAUGACCCGGAGCGGCUGAAGGCAUUUAAUAUGUUCGUUCGCCUCUUCGUAGACGAGAACUUGGACAGGAUAGUUCCAAUUUCAAAGCAGCCUAAAGAGAAGAUCCAGGCUAUCAUCGACUCGUGCACCCGACAGUUUCCGGAGUUUGCCGAACGUGCCCGAAAGAGGAUUCGGACUUAUCUGAAGAGCUGCAGGCGGAAUAAAAAGGUUCGAGGGGAGAUACCCACGGCCGGCAAUGGAGGGAGUACGCCCGGCUCGGGCAACGCCUGGGAUACUGCGGUGAGGGUGCGGCCAACUCCUGCGCACCUGACAUCAGUGCAAGCGGAACACAUUUUGGCGCAGGCGUGUGAGAAUGAGAGCCUGAACGCUAAGCGCAUGCGUCUUGGACUCGAUCCGGUGAGCCAGCCCAUGCCGACUGUGCCCACUCCUAUGGCAAUUGACACCACAGCAACAUCAGCAGUAGCUUCAUCAUUCCUCAGUCUAUACAGUGGAGCCAUCAGUAGCCCAGCAUCAACUCCAGCUACUACCACUUCAACCAACUCGUUGCCCACUGCUGGGCACAGCAAGGCUGCGGCCGACACUACCAGGCCAUCAGCAAGCCCCACUAUGGACAACCCGCUGCUGAACAACAAUAAUCUGAAGCUGGAUAACGCUAAUGGGAACGCUGGGAGUAAGACUGCUAGCCCUGCGUCAUCGCCAGCACCUCUGUUCAGACCUUCAUUCCCAAACACGUUUGGAACUCCGCAGACUUUCGGACGACAAAAUUCAAACCCGAACCCUGCAUCAUCAGCGCUGACCAGUAGCGCUCUACUCUCCACUCUGACUGCGCUGCCCCCUACCGGAGCAGGCGUGAACGCAGCGAUGGCGGCCUAUCAGAGCGCGCUGCUGUCCGCCAUGGCUGCGCACACGCACACGUUCCCUACCAGUCUCUCUGCACCAACAGAUCUGUCACUGAAGAGCUCAACGCCGACAUCCCUGCACGGGACCUCCACAGCAUCAUCUCUGGCAUCCACGACGGCCAGCCAGACCAAGCCACAGCUUCUCUCACACAAGCUGUCUGGCGCAGAGGUAGGUGCAGUCCGGCAGCUGAUCACCGGCUACCGCGAGUCAGCCGCAUUCCUCCUCCGAUCAGCCGACGAGCUCGAAGCACUGCUCCUCAACCAACCCUAGGAUACGGCUAAACCCCUAACAGACGUAUUCGGGUUCAAAUUUGGAUAUUUCUAAAAAUCUGUGCUCGUGAGUGACAAAAUUCAAGUGCUGAACUGUUUCGGGGUUUAUAAA